AUUAAUAUAUAUCUUUGGAUUGUUUAAAAUCAAACUUUAGGAAAUAUGGUUACUUUAAAUAAGUUUGGUCAAAGUUUAUUUAAGAGGGCUGAUAGUAUUUUUUGUUGUUGUGGAAAGUGUUAUCCUGCGUCUAUUGUUUCGCCUAUUUGUACAAUAAGAAUAGAAAGAACAGAAUAUUUAUUAGAUGAACCAGCGUCUUCAAGUUUGGAUUUAAGAGGAAUUAAUGACAUGACAUAUUUUGAAAUAAUGGAACCUAUUAAGCGUAUGGAAAAGUUAUGCCGUUCUGGAAAAAAAUGGUUGAAAACUUUUAAUGGCAAAAAGAAAGGUUUUGAUAACUUUUUUCGAUUUCAAGAUUACGUUACUGAUAAUGGGUUGAAAUUGGAAAAUAGGCCAAAAUCGUCAAUAAGUUUUAUUAAAAUACCAGUAUCUGUCCUUCGCUGUAGACGUUCUUGGCCUAAUCAUAAAAAAACGAUUUAAUUUUUUUGACUUUUGUAUUAAUACAUUUGUUUUAAUUAAUGUUAUG